CUCUGGUGUGGGGGAUCUAUUAGAUCUCCUUCGGGAAUCUAUUCCGGCAUUCCAGUGUCGCAAGAUCGCUAUUUGAGACAGCAUACUUGCAUAUAGUCCGAACAUACAAAACUACUGGACACCAUGACUGGUAACUCAGAUCUUACGGCUCCCGGGAGCAGCACGUAUGCCUCGGAUACACUGCAUGUCGGCGAUGGGACAUGGGACGCAGGGCGUGACACAUUCCUCUUGCCAAACUUGAUGGGGGUCAAUUUUGACACAAUGCAAUACAAUGGCAUGGGAAACCGAUUCAAGGAUAUGCCCUACUAUCGUACCCUAAUAGUCGUACAUGGUGUUAUUGGGACAAUCGUAUUUCUAGGUCUUGUUCCAAUAUCUAUAUUGAUCAUUCGAUACUACUCUCGAUGGAAUCCGUUCGUGGCAUUCAAGUUGCAUGCCUGGUUCCAGGUCCUAACUCUACUGCUAAGCACGGUAGUGUUCGUCUGCGGGUGGUUUGCAGUCGGCCCGGAAAGGAGCCUAACAAACCCUCACCACGGAAUUGGACUGGCGAUCUAUGUCAUGGUUGUCUUUCAGGUUAUGUGGGGCUGGUUCCUUCAUAAAGUAGAAAGCAAGCGGCAAAGAUACCGAGUACCGUUGAAAUUGGUAAUCCACCGAUGGAUUGGCCGAGCCCUUGCUAUUCUAGGACUUAUCCAGAUUCCCUUAGGACUCACCCUUUAUGGUUCGCCAAAGUCGUUAUUCAUACUAUAUUCCGUCGCCGCUUUUGCUCUCUUGGUUACGUUUUUCGUCCUGUCGUACCUGUAUGAUGAUGAGGGAUAUCCACCGGGACCCGACCUUGACAGUCGACAUAGCUAUGUCUCUGGGCCCCCUAGCCCCGGCCCUGCUGGUCAUCGCCAGAGCAGUUUCGGACGAAUGGCUGCCGCGGGAGCCGCAGGAGCAGGCCUGGCUUCACUCUUCAGGCGUCGCUCUCGGAGUAGGGGAAGGGAUGGCUAUGAGGACUCUCAAACGUCUUACCUUUCGGAAAAGUACUCAGAUGAAGGAGCCCAGCGUAAAGGCUGGGGCAAUAAACUGCUCAAGCUUGGUGCCGCGGGCGGUGGUGCCUUCCUCGCUAAGAAAUUCUUCGACAGGAGAGGAAACCGAGAUAAUGAUGCCGAAUCUGGCCGGUAUCGACCCGCCCAUAACCGAAGUGACAGCAUGACGGAGACUACAAUGAGUAGGAUGGAAGAUGGACGACGGCCCGAACCAAGUCACAGAACCCCUCUCAACCGCCCACCCAGCCGACCCCCGAGUAGACCUCAGAGUCCCGGGUCGUCAUACUACUACAAUUCAACUUACUUCUCUGAUAACGACCAUGACCGACCUCAUCGGGCCCGAAAUGCUCUAUUUGGUGCUGGUGCCUUUGCAGCCCUCAAAAACAUGUUUACCCGUCGCAAGGCAAAUGAUGACGAUCGUCGUGUAGAAGAUAUGCGCCGUCGGGAGAGAGAGGAGGAAAGGCUUGCACGAGCCGACAGCAAACGACGCUAUACUGGAGAUGGGUACCCACCCCGCAGACGAGCCGACUCCUUCACCGCGACUGACAUCUCAUCUACUGAGCUGACACGACCUCCGCGGGGGCCCUCGUACGGAGAAUCAGCUUUAACUGGGGAUCCGGCAAUGUCCGGGGCAAUCGAUGGGCAUCAUUCUGAUUUACCCCCAGGUGCGCCCACUUCGGAAAUGCCAGGUCAAGCUCCCUCUCGGCUUGAUCCUUCCAAUAUUGCGGCAGGAGCAGCUGCUGGAAGUGCCCUAGGUGCUGCCUCCAGCCAUCACCGCCGAAGCAGCAGUAGACACCGGAGCAGCAGCAGACACCGGAGCAGCAGUAGACACAGAGAUGACCAGACGAGCUCCCCUCCAGUAUCGGUGAAAGUCAAAAUGCACAACGAUGGCCGGCAUGUCACGCUCAGAAGGUUAACCGAGGAAGAGGCAGCCGCAAGUCGCGAAGCAAGACGUAGGGAACGGAGAAACUCUCGUCGUCGCGCCGGAAGUGCAAGCUCCCUGUCAGGCAACGAAGGUAACUACGACCGGUGGCGCCGCGUUGAGGAAUUAGAGCGUCAACAGCACGAACGAAUCCAGCGAGAGCAGGAAGCUGCCGCCGCCGCCGCCGCAGCUGGAAUGUCCACAGCCCCAUCUGGGAGCGUGCCUCCUCCACCUAUUCCCCCGCCCCAGAACAUGAGCCAUAUGUCCCCCCCUCCCCCGCCACAUGCACCUUCCAGUCUGCCGUAUGGCCCAGGGAGCAUCACAUCCCCUGGUACAUUCACCGGGACAGAAGCAAGCGGAGACUACGCAAGCAAUCGGCGACGAAGACGAGCGGAACGAGCUCGCGCCCGACAAGAAAGACAACACAGUGUAGAAUUCACUUGACGGAUGUGACAUGUCUUCGGCGGGCAAUUGUUUUCCCCCUUGAACCUCUCUUCACAUGUAUAGAUGCUUACUUGAUUUCGAUGUCGUAUACU